AUGUCGGAAAGCCAGUGUGCAUACAUCUGUUUGGAAAACAGUGACAACUGCUGUGAGAUAACUUAUGCGACCUCGACUCGAGAGUGUAAACUCGGACAGUCUAGUUGUUGUCAUACGGUUUUUGAUGACAUGGUUGGUUCAAACAUCAUACAGGCUAGUCGAAAAUAUGGCGAAUAUACUAAGAUGUUGUUUGUUUCAAAUGGCGGAGUUCUGGGUGAUUGGGCAGAUGAACAAUUUUGUACUAAAGGUCAUUACGCAAUUGGUUAUAAAAUGAAGAUUGAAGAGCCGCAUGAAACAGAUAAUACCGAAGUGAACGCUAUUGAUAUAAUAUGUGGCAGUAGAGGAGGUGAUCGCUGUGGUGAUAAAGCAAGUUCUGGUCAGGAGCGAUGGGGAGAUUGGACUGGGGAAGCACUUUGUCCAGCAAUCACCUUUCUGACCUCUUUCUCUCUACAAGUACAGAAACACAAUGACGAACGUAAGGACAACACAGGUGCCAACUAUGUCAAAUUCAAAUGCAGACAUUUAAAAGAUAGCGGGAAUGACUUCGACCUAAGCUAUCCACCUGGGUAUGGAGUAUAUGGCUCUUACGGCGAGUGGAGUGAUGCCUGUCCAGUGAACAGUGCCAUUUGUGGUAUAAAAAUCAAGAUUCAGCCAUUCCAAGGACCAGAAGUCGACGAUACCUCACUCAAUGAUGUUAAAUUCUUUUGUUGUGAAUAA